CCUGGAGCGGUGCGGCUCGUCUUUGCCUAAAGCUCCGGUUCCUGCGGCCCCUCACGGGGAAGGGGCGGAAGGGGGGGGAACGGGUGAAGUGAGGUUGCCGCUGCCUUUGCCGCGGCCCCUGGACGGUCCGUGCCCGGCGGGCAGCGCGCUCGCCCUGGGGCGGCUUCUGCCUCUUCCUUGGGCUCUGGGCGUGGGGAGUGAGGGACGGAAGGAGCUUGAGGCGAUUCCGGGACCCACGGGCUCCUCGCACCCGUGGAAGGGGGAGGAGAGGAGAGUGAAACAAAUCCCCCCCCUCCGUGUUAAGGCGUUCCGGUACUGCGGCAGGCUGGCCCGCAGAACCAGAGAAUAAAAAUGGGAACUCCUGGAUCAGGACGGAAGAGAACUCCAGUGAAAGACAGGUUUUCGGCAGAAGAUGAAGCUCUGAGUAACAUUGCCAGAGAGGCAGAAGCCAGACUUGCAGCCAAACGGGCAGCUCGAGCAGAAGCAAGAGAUAUACGUAUGAGAGAGCUGGAGCGACAGCAAAAAGAGUUUUCUCAGCAUUCAUAUGAUAGAAAAUGGGCUCAUAUCCAGAAAUGGAUGGAAGAUUCAGAGAGGGCCAGGUAUUCUCACCGGUCCAGUCGACAUUCAUAUUUGGAAGCGGAUGGUGCUUUAAGUCUUCCAAGUAUUAGCAGUUUUAGAUAUGACAGUGCUAAGGAUAGAUCUACAAGAUACUCGGUCCCUAGUCAUGCUUACAGUGAAUCUCAUAGUUCAAAGAAGAAAGCUGCUUAUUCCCGUAAAGAUUUGUUGAGUGGAAUUUACUAUGAUCAAAGAAAUUAUAGCAGCCUUAGAUAUAAUAAACCAGUUCCUUCCUACCAUACUCGGUCAUCUUCUCUAUACAGUGAUCCAGUGGCAACAACUAGGAGUUACAGGGUGUCUCCUUCUGUAAACACUGGUUUGAUAAGAAGUAUCAGUUUGGCAUCUUUGUGCGGUGAUGGAUUAUAUAGCUCAUAUAGUUCUCGCACUCCAUCUGAAUACAGUUAUUCUUCAAGAGCAAGCUCAGUUCGAAGUAGUCCUGUGUCCUCUGAUUUUUCUGAUCAAAGUGAAACUGCUGCUGACUAUUUUAGUCGUUCCAACCGCAGGGGAAGCAUUGUUUCCGAUGCAGAUGAUGUCCAAGGUUUGAAUAGUCUGGAAGAAAAGAGUGAAAAAUCACAUUCAGAAAUAUUUUCAAGGCCAUCAUCUCGCAAUUCAGUAAGUGCAACUCCUCUGAGUGGCAACUCAUCUAGGAGAGGAAGUGGAGACACGAGCAGUUUGGUGGAUCCUGAUGCGUCCCUCAGUGAAUUACGGGAUAUCUAUGAUCUUAAGGACCAGAUACACGAUGUAGAAGGGAGAUACAUGCAGGGACUUAAAGAACUAAAGGAUUCACUAGCUGAAGUUGAAGAGAAGUACAAGAAAGCUAUGGUGUCCAAUGCUCAACUAGACAAUGAGAAAAACAACUUAGUUUACCAAGUGGAUACUCUAAAGGACGUCAUUGAGGAGAAAGAAGAACAGAUAGCAGAGUUCUACAGGGAGAAUGAAGAGAAGUCAAAGGAAUUGGAGAGACAGAAACAUACGUGCAGUGUUCUGCAGCAUAAGCUGGAUGAACUUAAAGAGGGUCUUCGACAGAGAGAUGAAUUGAUAGAGGAGAAUCAACGCAUGCAGCAGAAUAUAGACUCCAUAACCAAAGAGGUGUUUGAUCUCCAGGAGACAAUUAAUUGGAAAGAUAAAAAAAUAGGGGCCCUAGAAAGACAGAAAGAUUACUUUGACUGCAUUAAGACUGAGCGAGAUGAGCUCAGAGAGGAGUUGGCUGACCUGAAGGAAACAAUGAAGAGAGGAGAGAAACAUGGAUUAGUUAUAAUUCCAGAUGGCACACCAAAUGGUGAUGUAAACCAUGAAUCAGUGGUUGGUGCAAUAACAGUUGUAUCACAGGAAGCUGCUCAAGUCUUGGAAUCUGCAGGAGAAGGACCACUAGAUGUCCGGCUACGAAAACUGGCUGGAGAAAAGGAGGAAUUACUGUCCCAGGUUAGAAAACUGAAGAUGCAGUUGGAAGAAGAACGACAGAAAUAUUCUAAAAGUGAUGGCAUGAAUCCAGAUAUCAUAGGCUUAGAGAAUGGUUCUGACUUGCAGCUAAUUGAAAUGCAGAGAGAUGCCAACAGACAAAUUAGUGAAUACAAAUUUAAGCUUUCGAAAGCUGAACAAGACAUAACUACCUUGGAACAAAAUAUUGGACGACUUCAGGGGCAGGUUGCAAGGUAUAAAAAUGCAGCAGAAAAUGCAGAAAAAGUAGAAGAUGAACUCAAAGCUGAAAAAAGGAAGCUUCAGCGAGAGUUAAGAACAGCACUGGAUAAGAUAGAAGAGAUGGAGAUGACUAAUAGCAACUUAAUGAAAAGGCUGGAGAAGAUGAAGGCAAAUAGGACUGCGCUUUUAUCUCAACAGUAAAGUGGAAAUUGAAAAUACAAUGCACUGCUCCUUGAAUAACUAGCCCCUAGCUUGUUUUUAAAUACAGACUUUCACUGGCACAAACUAUUUGAACACUGAGCUGUUCAUUGAUGUUUUAGUUUCAUAAUUAAAUGGCAUACUUCUUUUUGUAAGUUAUGGGAGAAUGAAAUGUAGUUUGAAUUCCCAUGUGAAUGGCAGCAAUUUUUCUGUAGCAUUUGAUUCUAGAGUCAGAGCUGGAGCACAAUGCUGUAUGUUCGACUUAGUGAUAGAAAAUGUUUUUACAACUGUGGAAUCAAGUUUACUCACGAUCUCUUGGCUGCUUUAAUGAUGCUUGAUGCUCGGAGACAACUGCAUGAAUUCAAGAAGACACUGUAUUACUGUAUUAUAAACUAACAUAUAUUUGCUCAAGACAUCACACAGCACAAGUGCCUUUUAUCUGGUGCAAUUUAGACUUCAUUGUUGAAAUAACCUUUGAAAUCAGAUAAUGUUUUAUUUUAAGAUACAGUUGGGGUAUUCACUAAACUUUAUACAUUUUGAGAAUACAUUUUUGUAAAAUAUUUAAAUUUAUAAGAAAAAAUAGGGACUGUAUAUAAAAAUCUGCUUUUUUGCAUGGGCAUAUCUGAGUUCUAGGUAAUUUUGUCAAAUACUAGCCCCUGAUACUCUUAGUAUUAAGAGUGCAGUUUUAAAAACUUCCGUUGUACACCAUCAAAUUACGUCAUCUGCUGCUUAAGUGUGAAUUGAAAUUUUGGGGUGGGAGGAAGGGUGGGAAAUGUGGCUAAGGAGUUUAUUAAAUGGACACUUUACUGACCAAA